AUGCCGCCUCCGCCGCGGCGGGCCGUGCAGCUGGCGCCGAGCUCGCUGGCUCUGGUGCUGCGCCGGCGGCGGGAGCAGGACGGCGGGCCCGGCGGCGACGAGGCGAGCGGCGCGGCCGUCUUCCAGGCGUUCCGGCGCGCCAACGCCGCCUGCUACUGGAACGCCGGGCUGGCGCGCGCCGUGGCGCGGGUCUGGCUGCAGGGCUGGCUGCGCGGCGGCGUCCUCCUGCUGCAGGGCCCCGCCGCCCCGCUGCAGCUGCUCCGCGACGCCUGGCUCCGCAGGGCGCUGCGCCCGCCCGAGGGCUUCCUCAUCAGGGCGGUGGGUGAUGUGUCUCCAGUUCACAUGAAUCCCAUUUUGCAGUCCCAGUUUGUUCCUCUGGCAGAAGUCUUGUGCUGUGCUAUAUCUGAUAUGAACCUGGCUCACGUGACUGUUACACAAGAGACUUUACUGGAUCAGUUAGGCAAACACUACCCAGGUAUUGCAACUCCCACACAUGAUAUUUUAUACAAUACACUUGGCUUGCUAAUUAAAGAACGGAAGAUCUAUCAUACUGGGGAAGGAUACUUCAUAGUGACCCCAGAUACCUAUUUUAUCUCUAAUAAUACUGUGAAGAGUCCUCGGGAGCCAUCUAUCAUGUAUCUUGUAAGCAUGGAGGACUCUGCAGAGCUGACAAAAGAGGAUUUUCCUAUUACAUACCACUGCAGGUCCUGUCAUUGUUUCCCUGAGCAUACUGCAGUGAGUGAACCUCAACAGCUAUCGAGCCAUGAACUUAAUGGAAAAAGUCAGAAAGGAUCUUGCGAAUCCAGAUUCUCAGUCCAAAAUCCAGGCACUAAUACACUGACUGGCAACCAUUCUUGUGAAACUGCUCGCUCCUCACAAUCGGUGAAAGAAAAAGAGAAAGGUAAAAAGUUUGGACUGGGCCUUUUCUGGCGCAACACUUGUAAAAAAGAAAAACCUAAAAAAGUAUACUCCACAUUUUCCGCCCAGUUUCCCCCUGAAGAAUGGCCAGUCAGGGAUGAAGAUAGUUUGGAUAAUAUUCCACGUGAUGUUGAGCAUGAAAUUAUCAAACGCAUCAACCCUGUGCUGACAGUAGACAAUUUAAUUAAGCACACAGCACUGAUGCGGAAAAUUGAGGAACAGAAAAAAUACACCAGUAAAGGAACCUCUACAGAAGUGCUGACUGUGAAGCACAAACAUCUUUCCAAAGGGGGUGUGAGGCGAAAACACAGCAAAGCUGCAAAGCAUCGUAGGAAAGUGCAGUCUAGCAAAGAAAAACAGAUCAGUAAACCACCAAGAGACUUUAAAGUGGAUGACCUAAUACCAGCGAAUAGCAAACUGGGAAACUGUGUGGAACACCCAUCACCCUGUAUUACAAAUGAAUGUGAUGAACGGCUGUGUGGGAAUGCAACAGAGGCUGAAUUUUGCUUUGUACGCAAGAAAGAAAUUAAUAAUCCAUUUCAAGAUAUUCUGUGUAAAGGAAAUAAAUCCACAAAAGGACGUAAUAGUCAGAAAAAUGACUAUGUAAAAUCCACAGUUUCUAGAUCAGAGAGGAAUUUUCUGCGGCCCCAGUCUUUGGAUUCCUCAGAAACUAUGGACUGUAAAACAAAACACUGGUUUGCUAGCAGAUGUGAUGAUGAAGAUGUCACAAAGGAACAUCUGGUCACUGAUUAUUCCAGUCACUAUCAUGUCUUGGACCAUUGUGCUGAACACUCCGAUUACUCACAGUACCGAGCUUUACAAACAGGUGGCAAAUAUGGGUCUUCUGGAAAAAGUGUAACUUACGAACAUAAUAUGUAUCAAGGAGCAAGCCUAAAAAGUAUGGCAAAGGACCAGAAGGUUUCUGAAACUUACAAUGCACCCUUGCAUGAAGUAGGAUCCAUAAUUAAGUAUCCACAAGCUUCCAGUUGCACACAUCAGUGUGGCAAAGCUGGCCUGUAUGGCUUAAAGGAUCAGAAUUCAGGUCAGUUAAAAAGUGUGUGUUUAUCCAAUGAUACAGAGGCUGCUCACCAACUGAGACAGUCAGAAAAUGCUGCUGCUCACAGACAUAAUUGUGAUGUAAAGAUUGAGCUACAGUCGAGCAACGAUAGCAAAUGGCUCGAGUUUGUUAACCCACAGUGUGAAGAAUGUUCUUAUGAAGAGCCGAUUCCAUACCCAAAACUAGAUGGUGCUGAUGCUUGCAGUUCAUUGUGUCAGGGAGGUGAAGAGCAACUACAUAAGGAAUCAUCGGAGUUGUUGUCCAGCCAAGUUCCAUAUAGUUCUUCAGAUACAGGAAGGCGAAGUAACAUAGAAUGCAAACUGGACACUGACAUGUUAGGAAGUGGGAAUAUAAAUUCUCACUUCCCAGAGCAUGGAAUUGAUGCAGACAACGUUGAUUCUUGUGAUCAUGAAGAUAAUGUAAUUUUUAGCAUUAUUAGGUCAAACGGCUCCAAAGAGUAUCAGAAGGCGAGCUGUGAAGGAGAGAGUUGUGCCUUCCAUCAGAUACCUCUGUGUGUUUCCAAAAGCAAUGAUGAGAGCAAGCAUCUUGAUGGACAUGGGCAAGUAUUGGACACUGUUGAAGCUCCUGUGUUUAAUUUCUGUGAUUUACAUGAGGCAGAGACCAAAAUUUGGCAGAAAUCAGUAAAUGAAGUGGAUGAGAAACUGGCAUCCUUGACACUACCCCCCAAAAGCAGAGAAGUUAAGAGGGUCAUUAUGGAAAAGCCACAGACAUUUGAGGAUGCAGCAAGUGUUCUAGAUCAGAGUGUCCAGCAUGAACAAAACCAUUUGCAAGGUACAAGUAGCCAAAGCGUAACAGGAGACAGUGGAAUAGAUUCUCCAAGGACACAAAGUCUAGCAUCUGCUAAUUCUGCCAUCUUAGAAGGACUGAAAAAAGGAAGACGUUUCUUAAUGAACUUGGAAGACAUAGAGAAGACAAUACAGAGUGGGAAAGCUCUCACGCGGAAUUCAUUACUUCAAUUGACUCCAGUCAUGAAUGUUUAAUGUUUGCCCCCUUCUCACUAAACUUUUGUGAAUUGCUUUGUAAAAACGUUAUGUUUACAGUAAAUCUCUAAAGCUACAAAUAUGUUACAGAUAUAGCAGAAUUCAUGGUAUGUGCUUUUAAAAUGUAUGAAAGCUUUUGUAAUAAAAUCUUAAUAUUAAAAUGGUA